AUGGCUGCGCUCCUGCGCCCCCUGCUGGCGGCCUCGUGGGUCGCGGGUGCAGCUGCCCUGCGCUCGUCCGCGGCCGGCGGGGCGGGCAGCAGGGCCGAGGCGCUGCAGGGCGCAGGCGUGGGCGUGGGCGGCGGGAGGGCCAGCACGCGCCAGACGCCCGAGGAGCUCGGCAUGGGGGAGGGGGUGGAGUCCGCGGCGAGCCGCCUUCUCGGAGUCCUACUGCUUGGACCUCGGGGCGAAGGGCUUCCCGAUCUCGAGGGAGAUAGAUUCCCGAGGCCAACAAGUGGGACGUGCGCGCGUAUUUCGAGGAGCUCGAGGCGCGGGGGUACGCCGACGACGCCCUGCAGGUGA